CGCACAAUCACGACACCACUUAGACGGCGGGCCUCCUCCUGGUCGCUUGAAGCAUGAGAAAGGAAUUCUCCCUGGUGCUGCUCGUUCUUGUACUCAGUUUCCACUAUGCCGAUUGUCGGAGGGGCCGUGCACGGUCGAGGACCAAGUCUAAGUUUCAAAUCGGCUUACCAAUAACAGGGAAGUACCGCGAUCCAGAAUCCGACCAGUAUUACAACAACAACAAUGGCGCAAAGAUAACAUUGGCCUCCCAUUUCGACUAUGAAUACGUGCUCGGCCACAAGAUCGCCUUCUUGUGCGUCGCCAGAGGGAACCCACGCCCCCACAUCACUUGGUACAAAGACGGCAGCGAGAUCUUCACGCAUCUUUAUCUAAAUAUACACGAGUGGAGAAUCGGCAAGGAUAAAAUAAAGAGCAAGCUGGAAAUCGAUCCGGCCACUCAGAUGGAUGCGGGAGUUUACGAAUGUACCGCCGACAACAUGUAUUCCAUAGACAGGAGGUCCUUCAAAACCGAUUUCAGUAUUGCUUUCGAUUAGGUUACACUUUUUAGACUUAUUUAUUUUGUAAUAUGAUGUGAUAGCGUAUAACCAAUAAAGCAACAAGUAUUUU